GGUUGAAGUAGUAAGUAACCCUCCAAUCCACACAAACCCAAAGAGAAUUUCAGCUUUUAUAUUUGAUUUCACGAUGAUGUUCUUCGAGAAUGGUGAUUUUGAUUCUGACUUAGCACUUUUGGACUCGAUUAGCCGUUUCUUACUCGACGAUUCCGAAGUUUUAACAAUAAAUUCCGGCCAGUUCCCGGCGGAAUAUUGCCGGAGCACCAGCUUUGGUAGCAGUUUCUCCCCUUGCUUGAAUGAAAACUGGGGACAAUUACCCCUUCAAGAUGACAUGAUGGUUUACGGUUUCCUCUGUGACUCCGUCAACGAUGGGUGGCUUCCCUUCCCUCCGGCCACCACCACCGUCAAAGCAGAGGCCGAUUUUGUGACAGAAUUGACUGAAUUGCCGGAAAAGAUGGAAUUCGCUGCAGUGGCGGAGCCGGAGACUGCGGCAAUGGUAGCAGAGAAGACAGUGGCGCCGGCUGUGGUGCCAUCGAAGGGGAAGCAUUACAGAGGGGUGAGGCGGCGGCCGUGGGGGAAGUUUGCGGCGGAGAUAAGAGACCCGGCGAAGAAUGGACAAAGGCUGUGGCUUGGGACAUUUGAGACGGCCGAGGAUGCGGCGUUGGCCUAUGAUAGGGCGGCGUUUCGCAUGCGCGGGUCACGUGCGCUGUUGAAUUUUCCACUUAGGAUUAAUUCCGGUGAGCCGGAGCCAGUAAGAAUUACGUCGAAGAGGUCAUCAACGUCGCCGGAUCGUUCAUCAUCCACGGCGUCGUCGGAAAGUGGGUCGCCGAAGAGGAGGAGGAAGGCUGUGGCGCAGUCAUUCAGAGAACAUCAUACAAUAAAUCUAAACAAAUAUCUAAAUGCAAAUGGGUAG